GUGAGGACAUUGCAGUUUGUAUAUAUUUUGCUUUCUCUUGUCGAAACAUUUGCGCACUUGAAUUUAGCUGAAAAUGGCACAAUGGAGAACGUAGAAGUAUUGCCCAGUACAACGUCUGACAAAGCAUCAAGCGCUCUUAGGGAUAUUUUGAACCAAGAAACAUUAGUGCGUUUUUCAAUGGUACAAAAAAUUCAAAGCUUAGUGAUGGAUGCAUUAGAUAGAAAAAACAGUACCCAAACCAUGAAGACAAGACUACGUGACUUAGUAAAAGAAGUCCGUUUAUUAGAGGAAAUGGAAAAGAGAACGAAAGACGACAACUUGAAACUUAACCAGAAACUAAUGUCUAUUCAAGCAGCAGUGAGUGAAAGAGAAAAAGUAGACAUGUUUCAAACUGUGGAUGUACUUUCUUUAAAAAAUGAAACCAAUGAUUUACAUCAGAAGUACAAUCAAAUGAACAAAACAAUAAAGGAGCUGGAGGGCAGCUUAGCGAUGUUGUCGAAUUUAUUUAAUGAAGAAUUACAGAAUAUCCGUGAGGAUCAAAAUGCAUCAAAAAUGGCACUGCUAAAUAUUUCCUCGCAAGGUUCAUCAGUUUGUGAGACUGGAUGGAUUCCAUUUGGUGACCAUUGCUACUAUUUUUCGAAGACAACAACAACGUUUAAGGAUGCUGUUGCAGGUUGCUAUGGAAUGAGUUCAGCAUUAGUAGAACCAAAUGCAAUUGCCGAGGAAAAAUGGAUGCUUCUUCAAGGUGUAAUUAUAGGCAUUAAAAACAUAUGGAUAGGUGUUACAGAUUUGCUUCAGAACCACAAUUUUGUCUAUAUUUCUAACGGCAUCAAUGUUCAGGAAACUUACAACCACUGGGAUAAGGGACAGCCAGACUCAGGGAACACAGAACACUGUGUUGCUCUCGCUGCCAUAUACAGAGGGUGGCAUGAUUAUUCUUGUGGCUUGAAGUUUCAUUUUGUAUGCACGAAACCAAAGGUUUAGUUACGACCUUUUUUAUCAACUUCAUCUAGAUUUUAAUUUGCUGAAAGAAAGAGAAGAAACAAAUUUUCAACCUUUAUAUGUUGUUACUUUUACACCCAGAACUGAUCGUAAU